GCACUGAUCAUUUCUGGUGCGUCAGUCGGUCGCGAAGGUUCAUUCGGUGUCCCGUUUUAUUUGGUCAUUAAUCCGUAGAUUGGUUUCGUUUCUCACGGUCGCGUACGCGUGCAAAUCGAGUGGUUAAAGACUUUUGAACAUAAAUAAUUAAAAAAAGGCAAAAUGGUUGAUAAAAUUGAUAUGAGUUUGGACGAUAUCAUCAAGUCGAACAAAGGGAGCGGAGUCGGUCGUCGCGGCGGUGGCCGAGGAGGUCAGCAGAGAAAAACCACACGGCCUGGCGGAUUCCGAGGGCAACGACCAGGAGGAACCAGUGGAGGCGCGCUCGCCACGAGAACACUGAAAGGACGAACCCGCGGCGGCAUUACGCGUUCCAGAUUCCCCAGGGGCGAUGUGAACAGCGCUUGGAAACAUGAUCUCUACGACGGGCCGAAACGAGUGGGCGGCUUGGGCGGGAGUGGCCCUACAGGAGCCAAAUUGCUCGUUUCGAACUUGGAUUACGGCGUGUCAGAAUCGGAUAUCAACGAGCUGUUUGCUGACUUUGGACCCCUGAAGAGCGCCUCAGUGCAUUACGACAGAUCCGGCAGAUCACUAGGAACUGCAGAUGUUGUAUUUGAACGUCGAGCAGAUGCAAUCAAGGCAAUGAAACAGUACCACGGAGUUCCCCUAGACGGUAGACCAAUGAACAUUCAACUCGCUACGUCAGAUGUACCUUCAAGCCCGCUAAAGAAACCACGACUUGCUCCUAUACGCAAAGCCCCUGUGCGCCGUCCGGGUGGUACUGGAAGCCGCGCCAGUAGUGGCGCUCCAGCAGGAGGUCCACGGCGUGGACGAAAUGCUAAGGGACCUGCACCAACAGCUGAGGAACUUGAUGCAGAGCUCGAUGCUUAUGUGAAUGACAUGAAGUAGGAUUCAUCCUAGUCAUUCUAUUAUUUAAGUAAUUUAGUAAUAAUUUUACUAUAAUAUUAACUGUUUCUUGAUUUUUUUUCGAAGAUAUGUAAAAUAAGAUUUAAAUAAAAUAUAUGUAAUUUGACAUAGAA